AUGGUGUCUUUGCAGGUUAUCGCGGCCGUCAAGGAGCGCUUCCCGCACUGUCCUGUGCUCGCCGUCGGGUACUCGCUGGGCGGCGUCCUUCUCGGCCACUACCUGCGCCUGCUGGGCGACGAUGCGCAGAUCGACGCUGCCGUCGCCAUAUCGGCGCCCUUCCACCUGCCCACCAGCCGCAGGAACCUCAUGGGCUACAGCACCGCCUUCCUGCUCAACGUGUACCUCACCUACUUUCUCGUAAAGCGCCUCCGGAAACACCGCCGCCUGCUGCAGUCUAGCGGCGUCGUCGACGUCGACAGCGUGCUGGGCAGCAGGACGCUGUACGACUUCGACAACCGCUACACGGCUCCCGUGUUCGGCUACGAGAACGCCGACGACUACUACGUGCACGCCAGUCUAGCGGGCAAGCUGUCGACGAUUCGGCGCCCGCUCCUGUUCCUCGCGGCCAUGGACGACGCGUUCGGGGCCCUGGAGACCUUCCCGGCCUCUGAGAUGGAGCAGUCCCCGUGGCUGGCGGGCGUGCUCACCCCCAGGGGUGGGCACGUGGGCUUCGUCGACGGCUGGCUCUGGCCCAGGCCGCCCUUCUUCUCGGAGCGCCUCGUGGCAGCCUACCUGCACGGGCUGCUCCGGCUCUGCACUCGACUCCCUCGAGGACGCCCGCUGUUCGAAGCCCUGGACUCAUCGCCCCACCCGGAGAACAUCCCUUCGCAGCGGGCGCCCCAGGAUCGGAGCCGCCAUUUUACCGCCGCCUGACUUCUUCCCCUACCCCAGGGGUCUCCAAACUUUAGGAAUAAGAGGCCGGAUUAAAUGCCUGUCGCUGUCUCGAGGGCCAUAAAAUAAACGAGUAAAUAUAAUUGAGGAAAACAAAUCUUAAAUAUACCUAGAGAGUCAUCUAAACACAGAAAUUCAAAGUGCACGGGAUAAAAUAAAACAAAUUCAAGGUGUGUGAAUAAAAAAGCUUUAUGCAGA